AUGUGUCAGAACUGGGCCCACAAGAACAAGGUACAGCACAGUAUCACUGUGAACCAGAAGCAAGAAAAUGGUAGGCUACCCUUUAAAGACAGGCAUUUCGCUUGCAGCAAAAUAAUAGGAAGGAGGUUCGCUUGCUUUGCGCAGAAGCUGAGCCACAGGAGAAAGCAAAGCCAAUGUGAUUUAUUGAAUGAAAGCACUGGACAAUUACCAACAACUUGUUCCUCUGCUGCCUCCAAAAACCUAAGCUGGAACUGCCGUGUGAAAAUGACCCAACAAAUGCAGAAUUUACAUCUUACUCAGUCAAAGAAACACAGUACCCCAUCCUCCCCCAACGCCGCCAAACGCCUGUACAGGAACCUGUCAGAGAAGCUGAAGGGGAGCCACUCUUCCUUCGAUGAAGCCUAUUUUAGAACAAGAACUGACCGGCUGAGUCUCAGAAAGACUUCGGUGAACUUCCAGGGCAAUGAAGCCAUGUUUGAGGCAGUUGAGCAGCAGGACAUUGAUGCUGUGCAGCUCCUCCUGGAUCAGUAUACACCAGAAGAGCUGGACCUCAACACACCUAACAGUGAGGGGUUGACACCUCUGGAUAUUGCCAUCAUGACCAACAACGUGCCCAUUGCAAAGAUUCUUCUGAAGACAGGGGCCCGAGAAAGUCCGCAUUUUGUCAGCCUGGAAAGCCGUGCAACACACCUUAGCACACUGGUCCAGGAGGCCCAGGACAGAGUGAGUGAACUGUCUGCCCAGGUGGAGAAUGAAGGAUUCACUCUGGACAACACAGAGAAAGAGAAACAGCUGAAAGCUUGGGAGUGGAGGUAUCGGCUCUACAGACGCAUGAAAACAGGCUUCGAACAUGCCAGAGCCCCCGAGGUGCCAACCAAUGCCUGUCUCCUAGUAACCAGCAGCGUGUCUCUCACUGUCAGCUUCCAAGAGCCUCUCAGCGCCAAUGCAGCUGUCGUGACCAGGUAUAAAGUGGAAUGGAGCAAAUCAAAAGACUUUUCUCCUUUGGCUGGAGAAAUCAUCAUGGAUAACCUGCACACCCUGAGAUGCACAAUCACAGGACUUACAACUGGACAACAGUAUUUCGUUCAAGUCUCAGCUUACAACAUGAAAGGAUGGGGACCUGCUCAGACCACGACACCCCCAUGUGCCUCUCCUUCUAACUGGAAAGACUAUGACGACAGAGAGCCCAGACACAAGGGACAGAAUGAAGUCCUGGAGAGUCUGCUACAGCAGGUCCGAGCCCUUCAUCAGCAUUACAGUUGCCGGGAAAGUUCAAAAUUACAAAGCACAGGCCGGAAACAGUCAGUAUCAAGAAGCCUGAAACACCUAUUCCAUUCCUCAAACAAGUUUGUGAAGACCUUAAAACGGGGACUCUACAUAGCUGUUAUAUUUUAUUACAAAGACAAUAUGUUAGUCACAAAUGAAGAUCAAAUACCAAUCGUAGAAGUAGAUGACUCUCACACCAGUUCCAUUACACAAGAUUUCCUGUGGUUCACAAAGCUGUCUUGUAUGUGGGAAGACAUAAGGUGGCUGAGGCAAAGUGUACCCAUCUCAAUGUCCUCAUCCACAGUGCUGCAAACCCGGCAGAAGAUGCUUGCUGCCACAGCCCAGCUACAGAAUUUACUUGGAACUCACAACUUGGGAAGAGUUUACUAUGAGCCCAUAAAAGACCGGCAUGGGAACAUUCUCAUAGUCACCAUCAGAGAGGUGGAGAUGCUUUAUUCUUUUUUUAAUGGCAAAUGGAUGCAGAUCUCAAAGCUGCAAAGCCAGAGGAAGUCUUUGUCAACACCUGAGGAGCCAACAGCCUUAGACAUUUUACUGAUAACUAUCCAGGAUAUUCUGUCCUACCACAGAAGGAGUCACCAGCGUCUCUCUCCCGGAUUGUAUCUAGGUUACCUAAAGUUAUGUAGCUCCGUGGACCAAAUCAAAGUUCUUGUGACACAAAAGUUGCCCAACAUUCUCUGCCAUGUGAAAAUCCGUGAAAACAAUAACAUUUCCAAAGAGGAGUGGGAAUGGAUCCAAAAGCUUUCUGGCUCCGAAUCUAUGGAAAGUGUGGAUCAUACUUCUGACUGCCCUGUGCAAUUGUUCUUCUAUGAGCUCCAGAUGGCAGUGAAAGCUCUCCUUAAGCAGAUCAAUAUACCUCUACACCAGGCAAGGAACUUCCGCCUCUACACACAGGAGGUGUUGGAAAUGGGUCACAAUGUGUCCUUUCUUCUCCUGCUCCCUGCCUCAGACGACGUCUGCACAGCCCCAGGACAGAAUAAUCCUUACACCCCACACUCAGGGUUUCUUAACCUCCCUCUUCAGAUGUUUGAACUUGUUCAUUUUUGCAGCUACAGAGAGAAAUUUAUUAGUCUGUAUUGUCGCCUUUCUGCUGUUGUGGAGCUGGAUUCUCUGAACACCCAACAGUCCCUAAGGGAAGCGAUCUCAGACAGCGAGGUUGCAGCUGCCAAACAAAGACAUCAGCAAGUUUUAGAUUUCAUUCAGCAAACAGAUGAAGUUUGGCGUGAAAUGAGAUGGAUCAUGGAUGCUCUACAAUAUGCACGAUACAAACAACCAGUUUCUGGAUUGCUUAUCACUAAGCUGAUAGAUCCUUCAGAUGAGCAGAACCUAAAGAAAAUUAACUCUACAUCAUCACAUAUAGAUUGUCUUCCAUCACCAUCACCAUCUCCUGAGAUGCACAGAAGAAAGACAGUUAGUGAGUCACAGCCCUGCUCGGACGAAGAGGCCUGCUCGGAAGUCUUCCUCCCCACCGACAGCGACUACGACUCCAGCGACGCCCUGAGCCCCCGCGACCUCGACCUGGUCUACCUGUCUUCACACGACAUCGCCCAGCAAGCCCUCAGCGGCCUCAGCGGCAGCGCCCCCGACGUCCUACAAGUGCACGACGCGAAGAGCCCGAGCGGGCCGGACCCGGAUGUGCCGGGCCGCUCGCGAGGCCCGGACCCGGACCACGCAUGCGCAGAGCUGCUGCACAGCCUGACGCUCACGGGCUUCGCGCCCAAGAACCACGCCAAGAUGGCGCCGGGCGCGCGGCCGCCGCUGGGCUUCCUGGGAAAGCGGAAGCCGGGCAAGCACCAGCACUACGGUGGCUUCAGCCGCCACCACCGCUGGCUGCGCAUGCACAGCGAGACGCAAUCGUUGUCGCUUUCCGAAGGUGUCUAUACGCCGCACCUGUCCCGAGCCUGUGGCGACCCUGGGGAAGCCGAGCAUCCAGGUCCCACCCACGAUGGGCCCCGGGGCCUGUCCCUGGCGCACGCCACUAGCCUCCCAGAGGAGCGGAAGGGGUGUCUGCAGGAGCCCAGGCCUUCCAUCCGCCGCAUCUACGUGGAGCCCUACGCCAGGGCCCUUGUGGGCCAGGACCCGAAGCCGUGGGCCGCCUUGAGCCCGCCGCCCGGAGGCCGCAGCCGCCUGCCGAGCCCCUCGGGUGCCGAGAGGAACCCGGAGGGCCCCACCUCACCCGUGUCAGAAAUACUCAGCAGCAUGUUCUAGGAUGUCGCAGGCUAGCUGUCCUCUGCGCCGCCCCCGUCCCUGCAUCAUCCUAGCCUCAGCCUGCCCACUGCCUCAGCAACCUAUUUUCAAAUGGUUUGAACAUUAAGAAUCCCAGGGUUACAUGCCCAAGGCCCUCUUUGUGGAAAGUAGAGUAGGAGUGGAGGCCAGAGUGGCCAGUGCCAUUCCCAUUUCAGCCUAGAAAAGACAUGGAGGAGUAUUUGUGUUAACCUGAAGGCUGAGAUGGCCACCCCAUUCCUGAUGGCUAUGGCUGUGGUAAAACAGGGCAAGGAGACACCCUUAGCCCUGAGCUGGCUGUGUAAUCUGAUCCCUGCGCUUAGCCUCUUUCAUGAAUUUGGAUUAAGAGAAGUUCUAUACAUAGAAAUAAGAUUGGCAUUGGUUUUCCUUCCCAUCCAAACCUUGGGAAGUGUUUGGGGGAAAGAGACCUAGGUUGUGUCUUCAGGCCAUGGAUCAAGAAGGCUUAUGUUAGGUUCUCUGUCAGCUAACCCAGUCAUGCCAAAAUGCAGGGUUAUCCAAAUCAAAUUUUCCAAAUCCAAUUUAUCAUCAGCACUUAACUAAUUAAAAAGGCCUUGCAUAGACCCUUUGUGCUGCAUGGUGAUCACUAGAAACAAAAGUAGAGGGCACUUCUGGCUCUGUGUUGCAGAGAUAGAGCAGGGCGAGAAGCACACUCAGCUCCUAUUUAAACCUGAAAAUGAAUAGCACGUUUUUCCAGGGUGCAAGGAGAUAGAUGAAUUAUGUGAAAGCCUAAUUUAUAGGUAAGAGAAGGGGGAGAAGCAUGAACAAAAGUAUAUUUGGUUGACAGUCCUAAAACAAGCAAACUAAGUCUGUAAGUCUGUCAGUAAAAAUCACAUUGGAUCUUCUCCAGAUUCUGAAGUGAUGAAAUAGUUAUGGAACAAGAAAGUGCCCUGCACACGUGGCCAGGCAGUGGUGGCCCCCUCACAGCUCCACAAAGCACAUUGCUAGACCUCCACAUCACAGGUGAAGAGACAAACUGCCCAGGGCUGCAGUAGCUACCUUCCUCUUUUGGCCAUGCUUCUCAACGUCAAUUUGGUCCCCAGGAUCAUCUGGCCAGGUGCAAAAAUUUGCUCAAAGACACCUGGAAAUCCCACUUUGGUCACAUUGCCUACCACCUAAAUUUCUCAGAAAUGAGAAACCCAAAUCCAAGACUGCAUAGUCAGGAUAGGCAUAAGUCUUCUCAACCGCUGAAGCCAAGACCUACUCAGUUUACUAACAUUCUAAAAUGGUCUUCAUGGCCUUAUCCUAGCCCACAUAGCACUACCAUUUCUCAUGGAAGUUCACACAAUGUCCCAUGUUCAUAAUGUUAUGCUGAUCUCUUCCAUUUUUAAAACAUUUGAUUAAAACACAAAUAAUUACCCUACUGGAAAGGUUCAAAUUUGACCCAUGUCCUAUGGUCAUUAGAAAACUAUUGCCCAGAGCUCAGUCUUUUUAAAAGAGAUUUUAUACUCAGUGAGCCACCCAAAUAAUCUUGAUCAGAAUCACUACAAUAGCUUCUCCAUACCUAGGAGUAUUUUAAAAUAUAGUUUUCUUCUGACUGAGUGAAUUCUAUGCGUAUGGGAGAAGUGAAGGUCAAAACUAGAAGGGAUCAUAAAAUGUAUCUUAUGUCCUUUACAGGUAGGACAGCUAGGGCCCAGGGAAGUUAAGUGACUUGCUCAAGGUCACAGCUUGUUUGGUGGCAGAGUUAGGAUCAGAAGAAGAACCCACAACCAUUCCUUUUAGAACAGGCUGUCCCAUUGGGAAUAGGUACAUAGCUAGUCUAAUCUUUGUCUUCAGGCAAUUUACCCUUUAUCAAAAGCAUCUACUUUUUAUUCCAAAUUCAAGUCCUUUGCUCAACCUUUACCAAACAAAUUUCUAGUAUCUCAGAGCUCCUUGAUGCUGAGGAAUAUGAAUGUCAGGUAAUGGACAUCUAAGCUAAGCUUGCCAACUAAGAAGCUAAUUUGGAAGAUACUUCAAAUCAUGACUCUUAGUGACUAUCGGCAUUAUCUGCCCUCAGUUUCUACUUAUUUCGAACUAGAAGACAGUCUGUAGGUGUUGAAUGAGUCUGUGAAUUGGGAGAAUGGGACCGCAAAAGCUAGCAAGCCUAGUAAGCCCCUGGUCCCGCCGGUUCUGCUGAUAAAGGAAGCAGUCUGUGACCAGGAAUUAGUUGGGAGGCAUUCAGUAAGGAGGCCAGGCAGAGACUUCCCACCCUUCUGAUCCCUAUUUGAUCAGUAAGUUCUGGCUUUCUGGGCCCAAACUACAUUAAUUUUUAAACCCACUAGUUUAUAUAGAGGGCACAAAGUUUAUUUUCAUUUUCCAUGAGAAAAAGAGACCUUCUCAUGAAAUGAAUAGUGCACAGUACAUUUCAAUAGGCAUACUUAAGUCACUUGAAAGUGCAUUUUGCUAGCAAGAUUCCCUUGAAAAGUAUAUAUGUUAUGUCCUCAAUAAUUAGCUAUUUAUUCAGGUAGAAUCACUGCAAUUUCAUAACACUUGGGAG